GGCCAUCCCCGCCGCGUCGUCGGGAGCCCUCGGGAGAGCGGUUCGGAGGUCUUCGGGCGCCCGUGGCACCCGGCGGGAGCCCUCGGCUGCUCCCUCCCGAAGGCGCGGGGGCCUCGCUCGGCUAUUUCCGGAACGGUCCGCAGGCGCCGCCUCGGCGUGGCUCGGGCCUGGUCGGAAAUACUCGGCCUUCCGGUCGGCCGCGUUCGGCCGAUCCCCGCGGGAUCCGGGCGGCGGGCCCUUCCCAGCCGUGUUGAACUUUCCCCCCCAACUUUGGAGCAACUGGACGGAGCGGACAGGAGGGACGGACUCUGGACGUGGCCGUCCCGGUCUCCUGCUAGUUGCCCGCAGUGGUCCGAGCCUCACUGCGCCCCGUCCCCGCCCCCAGCAGCUUGGCUGCCCCCUCCAGGGGCCCCCGGAGCUUAUCAUCCCGCCGGGCCCGUCCCGAAGGUGCCGCAGGCCCGUGCGGACCUUCGGCCCGCGCCCGGACACCGCCACCUCGGCUGAUGGAUGCGUUCCGUGUCAGGAUUACGCCCGAGGACUGACUCCCUGCAGGCAGGACCAGGGCCAGGCUUUGCCCGCGUCUGCGCCCUAGGCGUAGGUACACGUGUGACCCCCGGGCCCGCCCCGCCACGGUAGUUUCACGCUGUCCACGGCGGAUUCAUCUUCGCGCCACGACGCCCGAAGACCCCAGAAAACGCUCGAGAGUCUCGAAGGAACUCAGCUCGUGCGCGGGCCGGGCCGGCUUUCCCGCGGGGCCUUGCCUGACCACUUUCGGGGCGCACUUGGUCCCGGAGCACGGGAGGCCGCGGGGCGUGGGCACUGACCGUGGGCAGCUCCGGGCCGCGCCGGCCCCCGGGCGGGGCUGCGUGCGGCGACUCAGGUGACCAGGCGGGCACUGGGCACACCUGGCCGCGUCCCCGGCCCCGCCCUGGGCGGCCGCACCCCGGGACGCUCUUUGCGGCAGCCAAGGGGCCAGGACUGGGCCAUGGCGGCGGCGGCGGCGACGGCGUCCUGCGCCCCGCAGGCGUCCCCGGCUGGAGCCGCGCCCGCGCCCCCCGCGCCGCCGGGCCACGCGGCCGGCCUAGGCCGCUGCCGUGCGGCGCUGCUGCUGGCCGUGGCGCUGGACGUGGCGGGCAUGGCGGCUCUGCUCACCGGCGUGUUCGCGCAGCUGCAGGUGCGCGGCCGCGACUUCGGUGACCUGCUCAUCUACUCGGGCGCGCUGCUGGUGUUCAUGAGCCUGCUCGGCUGGAUCUUCUGGUACACCGGCAACAUCGAGAUCUCGCGCCAGGAGCUCGAGCGCGACUACGGCCUGCGGCCCUCGGCGCUCGCCCGCCUGGCGCGCAAACUGUCCCGCCGCUGGACGGCGCCCGCCGCUGGGCCCCGCGCCGCGCCCGGCCCCCUCGGAGCGCGCCGCGCCGCCCGCGCGUCCCCGCCGCCCGCCGCCCGGCGCGUGCGCCUGCAGCUCGCCACGCUCGAGGCUGGGCCCGGAGCGGCGGUCGCGGGCAGCGAGUGAGCCGCAGACAACCUCUCCGGUCAGGACCCACCCAGCCGAGAUGCUCUGCCACCCCCCCGGCCACCCAGAUGCCUGUGCUCCCUCUAU